AUGAUUAAGUACUUAAAUCAAACCACUCAUCUUCUGCCUGGUUGGACUGGAUACAAUCAACUUCUGCAGCAUCAUUCCAUACUGCAAAAGUCUGCUAUUCAUUACUUGCCAGUGAUUGAAGCAUCUCCCACGGAGUAUUCAACUGUGAACAUGAUUCUUACUAACAGUGUUAAACUGGCAAAUCAAUUGCAGCUAGAGUCCAUGGUUGUCGUCUUCGACCAAGCCAUUCAUGCGAAAGCUCAGAUAAUCAGGUGGAAAGAUCCAGCGUUAACAAGCAAACUGGUAAUUAGAUUGGGAGAAUUCCAUACCAUGAUGUCCUAUUUGGGAAUUCUUGGAAAACACUUUGGUAUUGCUGGGUUUCAAGAUAUCGUAGUUGAAGCAGGCAUUGUUGCAGUAGCCUCCAUCAACGGUGUAAUAAGUGGAAAGCACUACAACCGGGCUAUGCAGGCUCACAAACUGAUGUUCAAACCCCCCGAAAGGCUGAGAUUCAAAGCUUUUGUAGAUUCUCUUGCAGAAGAGGAAGGGGAAUGUGUUACAUCUUUGAUCAAGAGGCUUCAAGACAGUUUUCACUCCCAAACUGAUUUCGCAGACGUAUUGGGCUCAGAAUGCGUGGAUGAACUUGCUGUGAAAUACGAUUAA